AUGACGUGUGUAACUUUGGCAAAGUGCUUCAAAGACCUGCACAAGUGGGGCCAGUCGCUGGUCCAUGACCUGGCGGUUACACCCAUAAAGAAUCUGUCGGGAGAACUAGUUAAGUCUGUAAAGAUUGAGAUGAAGCAGCAGAUCGAGUUUGAAGAGGCAAAGGUACGUGUAGGCGAGUUGGAAGUCAUCUCUAUAAAGAAGAUCCCGGGUCCUACCGAGCGACAUUCGCAUCCUGUUGAGGCUGCUGCUGAUGUAGCUGCGGAAAACGAGCCUACUGCCGUCAUCGCGGGUCCUACCGAGCGACAUUCGCAUCCUGUUGAGGCUGCUGCUGAUGUAGCUGCGGAAAACGAGCCUACUGCCGUCAUCGCGGGUCCUACCGAGCGACAUUCGCAUCCUGUUGAGGCUGCUGCUGAUGUAGCUGCGGAAAACGAGCCUACUGCCGUCAUCGCGGGUCCUACCGAGCGACAUUCGCAUCCUGUUGAGGCUGCUGCUGAUGUAGCUGCGGAAAACGAGCCUACUGCCGUCAUCGGUGCGGAAGGCAAGGAGUCCAAGGAGUGUCUUGGUACCACGUACUUUCCGAUAAUACCGUACCUUAUCGGGUAG